CUUUCCCCAAAGCUCACUUCUUCAAUAAUAUAAGCAGCGUGAUCCCAACCCCUGUUCCAUCCUCCGCUAAAACCAGUAGAGAGAGGAACUCACAUUUAUGUGAAGAAGCAGAGAGAGAGAGAAAGAGGGAGAGGAACAAUGGAUAGGGUAUGGGAUUCAGGGAAAAGAGCGAGUUUGCGGAUGAGCAGAAGCAUCAGCAGGGGAAUGAAUAUAGAGAACUGGGGAUUAGACGAAGCUUUCGCAAGAACCAGCACUGCUUCAUCGAGACGCCGCAUCGACGACGACGAGGAGGCUCUCCGAUGGGCAGCCAUAGAACGACUUCCCACCUACAAUCGAGUUCGCGUCGGAAUCCUCAAGUCCUUCACUGAAGAAGGCGGCGCCGCCGCCAGAGUUGAUGGAGGCGAUAGAGAUAAACAGCAGAGGUUGGUGCAUAAGGAGGUGGACGUGAGAAAGCUCACCGUCGACGAGCGCCAGCAGUUCAUACACCGUGUUUUUAAAGUUGCAGAAGAAGAUAACGAGCGUUUCCUCACCAAAUUCAGAAAUCGGAUUGACAAGGUCGGAAUUCAGCUGCCCACUGUGGAGGUCCGGUUCGAGAGCCUGAGGAUAGAGGCAAAGUGCCACGUGGGCAACCGGGCCCUACCAACGCUCGCCAACUCAGCACGGAACAUGUUCGAAUCAGCCCUCAAAGCCGUAGGCAUCCGACUAAGCAAGCGCGCUACUCUCACCAUCCUCAAAGACGUCUCCGGCGUCAUCAAACCCUCUAGGAUGACGCUCUUAUUGGGUCCACCGGGUUCGGGGAAGACGACUCUUUUACUGGCUCUAGCUGGGAAGCUUGACCAAACUCUUAAGGCUAGCGGUGAGAUUACCUACAACGGUUACCGGCUGGAUGAGUUCGUGCCGGUGAAGACGGCGGCAUACAUCAGCCAAAAUGAUGUCCACAUCGGAGUGAUGACCGUCAAAGAGACACUGGACUUCUCUGCCAGGUGUCAAGGCGUGGGAGCUCGAUAUGAUCUGCAAAUGGAACUGCUGAGGCGAGAGAAAGUGGCGGGCAUAUUUCCAGAAGCGGAAGUUGACCUCUUUAUGAAGGCGACGUCGAUGGAAGGGGUGAAGAGUAGCCUCCAAACGGACUACACCUUACGGCUACUUGGACUGGAUAUCUGUGCUGAUACCAUAGUUGGAGAUGAGAUGCAGAGGGGGAUUUCUGGUGGUCAGAAGAAGCGCGUCACCACUGGGGAGAUGAUCGUCGGACCAACAAAAACAUUGUUCAUGGAUGAAAUAUCAACAGGACUCGAUAGUUCUACCACUUACCAAAUUGUAAAAUGCCUGCAACAAAUCGUCCAUUUAGAAGAUGCCACCAUCCUCAUGUCCCUCCUCCAACCCGCACCAGAGACCUUCGAUCUCUUCGACGACAUUAUCCUCCUCAGCGAAGGCAAGAUAGUCUACCAAGGUCCACGAGAAUUCGUCCUCGAGUUCUUCGAAUCAUGCGGUUUUCGUUGUCCGGAGAGGAAGGGAACUGCAGAUUUUCUACAGGAGGUCACGUCUCGUAAAGACCAAGCACAGUAUUGGUACGACACUAAUCGGCCAUACCAGUAUGUUACAGUGUCGGAGUUUGUUCAGCAUUUCCGUCGCUUUCACGUCGGCUUACGUCUGGAAAGUGAGCUCUCCACGCCUUUUGACAAGAGCAACUGCCACCGCGCCGCGCUUGUGUUUGAGAAAAAUCCUGUGCCUUACUCUGAUCUCCUCCGGGCCUCCUUUGCCAGAGAAUGGCUGCUCAUUAGGCGUAAUUCUUUCGUAUACAUCUUCAAGACAGUACAGAUCAUUUUGACGGCCAUGGUCGCAUCGACGGUGUUCUUGAGAACGAGAAUGCACAGAAACAGUGUGGAAGAUGGAAGUGUGUAUAUUGGUGCCCUUCUGUUCAGUCUGCUUGUGAAUAUGUUCAAUGGGUUUGCAGAGCUGUCGAUAACCAUUGGAAGGCUGCCGGUUUUCUUCAAGCAGAGGGAUUUGCUCUUCUAUCCUGCUUGGGUUUUCACUCUUCCGAAUUUUCUGCUUACGAUCCCAAUGUCUGUGGUUGAAUCUGUUGCGUGGCUUGUCACCACUUACUACGCCAUAGGCUUUGCACCAGACGCUAGCAGAUUCUUCAGGCAGCUGCUGUUGGUGUUCUUGAUACAGCAGAUGGCUGCAGGGCUGUUUAGAGUGACUGCAGGGGUGUGCAGAUCAAUGAUAAUUUCAAACACCGGAGGAGCUCUCACUCUCCUCUCCAUGUUUGUUCUUGGGGGCUUCAUUCUACCCAAAGGUGUAAUACCACAUUGGUGGAUAUGGGGAUAUUGGAUUUCACCAUUAACAUACGGAUAUAAUGCUUUAGCUGUCAAUGAAUUUCUGGCUCCAAGAUGGAUGAACAAAUUUGUAACUGAAGCAGAUGGCACUGUUAAAAGACUGGGAAUUGCAAUCCUUGAAAAUUCAUCUGUUUUCCCAGAAAAGAAAUGGUACUGGAUUGGGGCUGCCGGACUUUUUGGAUUUGCUAUACUGUUCAAUGUGCUUUUCACCCUUGCAUUAUCAUAUUUUAGUCCUCUUGGAAAACCACAAGCUACAAUAUCUGAUGAAUCAGAAGAAAAUAUGGAAAUUAGUUUUGAUGAAAGCAAGGGAAUUUCAAAAGAAAGAAUGUUGGGUGCUGCUAAUGGAGCUGCUACAAGAGAAAUGAUGGACCUGAAUAGGAGUCGUAAUUCAUCUACUGGCCUCCAUGAACUUGAAAAGGGGCCAUCCAUUGGUGAAGCCAGAGGGAUUGCUCCUAAGAGAGGAAUGGUUCUUCCUUUCACACCAUUAGCAAUGUCUUUUGAUGAAGUAAAUUACUAUGUCGAUAUGCCUCCGGAAAUGAAGGAUCAAGGAGUAACAGAUGAUAGGCUCCAGUUGUUAAGGGGUGUGACAGGAGCUUUCCGUCCUGGAAUCUUAACAGCCCUUAUGGGAGUGAGUGGAGCUGGAAAGACUACACUUAUGGAUGUUUUAGCAGGAAGAAAGACUGGUGGUUACAUCGAAGGCGACAUUAGAAUCUCUGGUUACCCCAAAAUACAGGAAACUUUUGCUAGAGUUUCUGGUUAUUGUGAACAAAAUGAUAUCCAUUCUCCUCAAGUUACUGUGAGAGAGUCAUUGAUUUACUCUGCUUUCCUCCGUCUUCCCAAGGAAGUAAACGAUGAAGAAAAGAUGAAAUUUGUGGAUGAGGUUAUGGAGUUGGUGGAGCUUAACAAACUCAAGGAUGCCAUUGUUGGGCUUCCAGGAGUCACAGGGUUGUCAACGGAGCAGCGAAAGAGGUUGACGAUAGCUGUAGAGCUGGUUGCUAAUCCUUCCAUAAUCUUCAUGGAUGAACCUACUUCAGGCUUAGAUGCAAGAGCUGCAGCCAUUGUUAUGAGAACUGUGAGAAACACAGUUGAUACUGGAAGAACAGUCGUUUGUACAAUUCAUCAACCUAGUAUUGACAUUUUUGAAGCAUUUGAUGAGUUGUUACUUAUGAAGAGAGGAGGUCAGGUUAUAUACUAUGGACCCUUGGGCCGCAAUUCUGAAAAGAUGAUUGAAUAUUUUGAGGCAAUUUCUGGAGUUCCAAAAAUCAAGGACAAAUACAAUCCUGCGACAUGGAUGCUGGAAGUAAGUUCCAUUGCUGCUGAAUCACGCCUUGGAAUUGAUUUUGCCCAGUACUACAAAACAUCAACUUUGUACCAGAGAAAUAAAACACUGGUUAAUGAUCUUAGUAAGCCAGAUCCAGGCUCAAGUGAUCUCCAUUUCUCCACAGCAUAUUCUCAAUCUUUAUAUGGGCAGUUCAAAUCCUGUCUUUGGAAGCAGUGGUGGACUUACUGGAGGAGUCCUGACUACAACCUCGUCAGAUUUUGCUUUACUUUGUUUACUGCUCUACUUCUAGGAAGCAUCUUUUGGAAGGUUGGAAAUAGGAGAGAUGAUGCUAGUGAUCUUCGCAUCGUGAUUGGAGCAAUGUAUGCAGCAGUUUUAUUCGUUGGCAUCAACAACUGCUCAACUGUGCAACCAGUCGUGUCAGUCGAGAGGACUGUGUUCUAUCGAGAACGAGCUGCGGGAAUGUACUCUGCCAUGCCUUACGCUAUCGCUCAAGUUGUGGUAGAAAUUCCUUACGUCCUUAUCCAGGCUGCAUAUUACACACUCAUAGUGUACUCCAUGAUGAACUUUCAAUGGACGGCUUCAAAGUUUUUUUGGUUUUAUUUCAUAUCUUUCUUCUCCUUCCUCUACUUCACCUACUAUGGGAUGAUGACCGUGUCUAUCUCACCAAAUCAUCAAGUUGCUGCCAUUUUCGCUGCGACAUUUUACUCUCUCUUCAAUCUUUUCUCUGGCUUUUUCAUUCCAAAACCUAAAAUUCCCAAGUGGUGGAUCUGGUAUUACUGGAUUUGCCCUGUGGCGUGGACAGUUUACGGAUUAAUAACCACCCAAUAUGGCGAUUUGGAUCACGAAAUCCGAGUUCCGGGGCAGGGUCUACAAUCAAUUAAAACGUAUGUUAAAGACCACUAUGGUUAUCACACAGACUUCAUGCCUGCUGUGGCUGUUGUGUUGGUGGGUUUCUGUGUGUUCUUUGCCUUCACCUUCGCUUUCUGCAUCAGAACUUUAAACUUCCAGCAGAGGUAAAAGCAAAGAGAUGUAGAGAUCAUGUGCUGGAAUUUUGUAUACUUUUCAUUUAUCACUUUCUUUUUUUUUUAAUUUACUUUAUAAAUUUGCUGUAAAUAUACAUAUAGAACGAAGCAGAUAGUUUCAAUAUCUUGGAUUUUAUUGAAAUUAGCAAGACGU